GUGUGGUGGCUGCGCUGUUUUCCAUACGGGGCGGAGUGCCGCUGAGCCCGGCGCAGAGCGCACCGCGCACAGCCACAGCGCGCAGCCACAGCCGCUCUCCGGUGCUCUGUGCAGACACCAUGGGUCUGGAGAAGGAGAAAUCUGAAACCAGUGUCAUUAUGGACGAGGACGAGUUCAACAAAUCGAUAGAACCGAUUCUGUCGAAGAAAGGAAAAGUUUACGCAGCGCCGCCGGACCGAGAUCCGAACGACAUCAACGCGCAUCUGAAGGUUGGCUUUGAGGACGUGAUCGCGGAGCCCGUGUCGACGCACAGCUUCGACUCUGUGUGGAUCGGAAGCCACGCAGCCUUCGAGCUGGUGAAGUUCAUCUUCUACCGGCUGCUGAGCACGCUCCUGGCCGUGCCCGUGGCCUUCGUCCUCGGACUCCUCUUCGGGAUCCUCAGCUGCGUCCACAUCUGGUUGGUGAUGCCGCUAAUCCAGAGCAUAAUGAUGGUUUUACCAUCAGUGCAGGUGGUGUGGAAGAGUCUGACCGACAUGUUCAUCGCGCCGCUCUUCAGGAGCAUGAGGAAGAGUCUGUCCUCCAUCCACGUCCGAACCGCAGAGAACUGAUCCACAUCCUGGUCUGUCCCAGAGGGGACAGAAAACAGGUGGAACGACGUAUGCAGUGGAAACCAUCAGCUCUUUAUAAAGUACUACGUGUGCAGUGUUCUCAUGAUGCUCACUGUGGGGACGUUUGUUCCUGCAGGUCAUUUGAAGAUGUGUGUUCAGCAGGAGCUGAACACACAUCCAGUCUCUAACAGUUUCUGAAAAAAUUCUGAUGGAAAAAAGCCCAAAUCAUUCCGCCAUUUCCUGACAAUGAAAAUCCGCUGAGGGGGUGGACCACUCCUCACUCAAAGCCUGCUCACAGGCGAUUGGCUGAUUGGCUGUUCAGCAGGAGGCCAAGUUUUCUGAGCAACACUUGUGACUUCAUGAAGAGCUUGUGUGCUCCACCCAGGAGUCGGUGUUUAGUGAUUGUGACCAAAUGCCUUCUUAUGGCCAUGAGCGACGUGGAAUCAAUUGAUAGGAGUGUAACAUUAAUAUUACUGUUAACACAGACGCACUGCUGAGUUGCUAAGAAAUGUGUCAUUCAUCCCGUUGAGUUUUUGUUUUAUAUAUUGGCAUUCUUUCAGCUGCAGAUGGAAGAUAAUAAUGUGAUUUAGAGCAGACUGCUUUGACUAAUUAAUGUGAACGCUAAAGGCAGCUUGUUGCAGUUUGAAGGCUAAUUUCAUGGUAACAUUGUCUCUAGUGUUUGACAAACACUGCAGCAUUUCAUUUUGUAUCAAUCUUACUUAUGUGAGACCUUUGACCUUUGCAGUCUCAGAAAAUAUUUGACAUUUUUACUCUGUUUUCAGUUCAUCACCACACAGUGUGGUGGAAUGGUUAAAGUCAUUCAUAUGAAAAGGUUGUUUU